AUGGUCAGAGGUGCGGAAGAGUGCGACGAUUUCAACGAUUACGGCGGGGAUGGCUGCUCUGCAGUGUGCCUCUGGGAGAUCAAGGAAGUAGCCUCCUGGUCGCAGACGGAGGUCAUGGUCACCAUCCGACCGUUGGGCCAGCUCUGCAGGAUCUACAACGCGAGAAAGCACCAGACCUUCGAGGAUACCACAUAUCACCUUCAGAACACCAUUCUAACAGGUGAUGUCUCCGAACCGGACUCUGUUCGAAUUCACGUCGAGGUGGUGGACGGCUCGAUUGCAAUUCGGCCCUUGGUCGAGUUGUAUCUGGAGAAAGGGCGAAACGAUUCGGUUUGGGAAGCUAUCGUCCAGAGAGAGACAGGUGUCCGGUUCUAUCCGUACUCGAACAACAUGAAGGACACCAUCAUUUCCGGAACUUACUUCGAGGUUGAUCGCUUCUUACGCCAUUACCUCUACAUCGCUCCAGAUCCGGACUUUUCAGGGUACGUGCAGGUGCUUUUCGCGGUGACGUCAGGAAUGGUUCUGAAUCAUGGGGCAGAGGAGUGCAAGUACAGCACUGUGAUUCAAGUCGUGGCUGUCUACGAUGAUCCGGCAUCUGUGAUCGUGCCAGAAGAAGUCCAAACCAACGGCUUCCAUUGCCUUGCCGGUUCACCAUCUUGCCCUUUGGGAGGGAUUUCCCUCUAUGACCCAGACUGCGAGAUGGCCGUAGACGGCUCUUGCUAUUUGAGAUUGGAGCUCAACGUCACGGCUGGCCAACUAUCCAUCCCAGGACAUCCGGACGGCUGGCAGGAAGUCUUUCCCGGAAUGAUGGGCCACGCUGCCGGUCUCAAUGCCGCUUUGGACCGGUUGGUGUUUUUCCCUCCUUCCUUGCCGGAGGAGGACUCCAUCUUCCACGUGACGGUCAACCGGGUAAUAGAGCGUACGAUUGCGACUCCUCCGAGCUUGCUGCCUGCUUCGACAUCCUUGGCCCUGUCGAUCAAGAUCCAGCCGGCAGACACGCCACCAACCGUGGGCUUGGCCUCCGGUCAGCCCUUUCAUGGGGCGCUGUUUGUCGUUGAGGGCAGCAAGCCUUACCAGUUUACAAAUAUCGUCUUUGAGCCACCCGGUGCCAGCUCUACCACAUGUGUUGUGGAGCUGCGGGUUUCGAGAGGUAUUCUGUUCCUCGGAGACACCGAGGGCCUCUGGUUUGCGGAUGGCACCAACAACGGUGAAUCCCGACUCCGGUUUGUUGGGGACAGCUCAGACAUCCGCAAUCGGUUUUUGGCAGAUGUACGCUAUGCAUGGGAUGACAACGACUGCUCGAACUUGGAGCAGUUCAACAUAAGUGUAGACAGUGGAGAGCAUCAAGCCUUGACUCUGAUCUCUAUGCUGGUCUUGCCAAGUUGCCAAGGCUACGAGGUGGAGUGGCUUGGUGGAGCAUUGACCUUGGAAGAGGACUCUGAAAUCUCCAUCGGACACCUGGCCGUAAGUACCAAAGACCUGGAUUUGUUCCUGGUCGUUGAUGUGAAACACCCUCAGGAUGUAGCAGGUGACUGCAAGGUGGUCCGCUGGCCCGAGGCAGUUCCGAGUUUCAUGCCUGGGCGUGAGUGUCAUUUGGACGGACUCAUCGGCGACCUGAGCGACACUUUGCAGCACCUCGUGUACAAGCCUCCGCCGGACUUUGUGGGGCACAUUCAGCUGCAGUUCGUGAUUUACCGGGCAGAGGUGAAGGACGAAAUUCUCGGAGUGGAGAGCUCGCGCGGAAUGCCAAUAACAAUUUCAGUCGACAUUGAGGUCACCGGCGUGAAUGACGCACCCGCUUUGGAACUUGAUCUGGACUCCUACACAUUCGAGGAAGACACGGACGAUUAUGUCUCUCUUGGCCCGAUGUUCGUCAGUGAUUCCGAUGCUGGUCAAAAUCUGAUGAGCUUCAGGUUUGAGCUGGUAUCGGGCCACGAGUGGAACAGGCUGAUGAUGUGCGGCCUGGUUGGAGUUGAGAUCGAGGAACCCUGGGAGAACAUGCUCGAUGAAGCGGGAUGUUUGGAUAUGGGGACUUCCCUCAUCCACUUCAACACGACCGUGGAGAACUUCAACAGCAUGCAGACCGGGCCCGGCAGGCUGCAGUUCAAGCCUGCACCAGAUUGGCAUGGCUCCGCAAUGAUCAACAUCACUGUGGACGACAAGGGCAGCGCACAUGGCGAGCAGCACCGCCUCACCGUCCAACGCUCCCUCUACGUCGUCGUUGAACCCAUGAUCGACAAGCCAAAGCUCUCCAUCCUCUGUCCGGAGGCACUGCCAUUCCUCGGCUACGGCAGGACGUGCUUGGAAGUUCGAGAGUGUUUCGCCCUGAACGCAAGUCUCGACACGCACGACACGGGCCUCAGUUUCUGGAUGGUAAUUGAAGCCAGUGACCCUGGCGUCGGCAUUUCUCUGGAAGAUCGAGCACCCGUCCAGGUGUGGCGCGAGGGCACAUCAACUGUGCAAGUUAGUGGCCUCUACCACAAUGUGCAACAGGCACUACGGGCGUUGAUUUUCCGACCGCCAGUGCACCUCUUUGCUGCUCCGGAUGAUCCCGACGUUUUCGAGUUUAAUGUUUCCAUCCAGGCUUUCGCCAUUGGUGAGCGAUUCAAUGAGCCUUUGCCUUUGGAUCCUGGUUUGAUACACGCACGGCCCGGCCUGCAUCACGGGAAACCAUAUCCUAGUGACAGCAUCGACUUCCCGGUAGUCAUCCGGCGUGUGAACCGCGCGCCUCUAAUCUUCGUGGACGUCGACCACUACUCUGCCACGCAGAUGCAGGACGACGUGAACCUGUAUGGCGUUUCGGUGAUAGAUCCCGAUGCGAGGGCGCAAGACGAGUUUGAAGUUGUCAUUUCUGUAGAGUCUGACUCGGGCGGAGGUGCUGUGGCCUUUGCUGGCACCCAAGGCACCUACGUGCAGAAGCGCAUGACGCUCGCUGAGCUGAAUGUGGAAUUGCAAGACCUGUUCUUUAUCUUCCGGGACGUCAACUGGUAUGGCACUACUGGGGUUUCAAUAUCUGUCUCCGAUCUAGGCAACAGAGGUUGGAACAUCAACCGUUACAGCGACAUGUAUCAUGAAGACAUUUCCCCGCAAUCCGUCGCACUGAAGGGGGGAACAAUGACCAUCGUGCCUGAGGACACCCUCUGGCAUCACAGCCUUUUUGCACAGGACUUCACCUGGGAGUUGUAUGGUAAAGUGAUGCCCAGCGUCGACGACAUUCGGCCCACAACGUUUGGGACGACGCCUCCCCCUCCCACAUUCCAGCCAUACGACCUGGAAUCUGCCUUCGAUGGUUUACUUUUCAGAAACGAUUACUUGGGUGACAAUAUUUCUGCUGGUGUCGAUGACCCUUCCUGGGGUGCAGAGAAUGCCAGCGACAGGCCGCUGUGCUCAUUUUCAAUCGGAAGCGAUGGUCGCCUUAAAUUUACACUUCUGUCGGAGGAAGGGCGGCUGCAGGGAACUGGCAGGGCAUUUCUAGAAGAAGGCACCUGGUACCACCUGGCACUCAUUGUCAGGCGCAGAAGCCGAGAUGUAGACAUCCCUCCGGCAGAGUCGGAAGCAGACACCACUCUGGGAGAGGUGGCAAUCUACGUGGACAAGAAGCUGGAUGCAGCUUACCGAUGGAGAGCCCCGCAGCGGUUUGUAGGGCCAACCCGGCGCAGCGCACUGCAAGUCUCUGUGGGGAAAUCCGAUGGACUCGUGCUGUCGCGCGCGAGGCUGUGGCCAAGGGCCCUGGAAGCUGGAGACCUUGCACAGUGUGCUGAGCCGUUAGGAUCAGUUGCAGGUGGACCGGAAGGAUUGGGCGACGCACGGCCCAGAGAAACGCUCCGUCCCUUCCCUCACUUAGUUGGGGCUGAGGCGCUUGAUUCUCCUGCGCUAAGUUUCAGCUUUGGUGGUUCGUUGGCGGAGGCAUCAAGACGCGCCCACGUCUUGUCUACUGGCAGCUGGUCGUUUGUUGCUGACUCUCCACCUGCAUGUUUGGGCUUGACACAGGCACCGUACGACAACUUCUUCGAGUACUGUGUUGCAUAUGACCAUGCAUUUUCGCGAAACAUGGGAGAGGGCAAUACUGGUGAACCGUACUACUUUUGGCAGUCGCCGCAGGCCUACCAAAGCUUGGACAUGCAAUUGUAUGCCUCUGCAGGUGUUAAGAGUGUGGAGGCUGGUGAGCUGACGGCAGGGACCUUCCUGUCAGUCCAUCGCAGCUUCGUCAACGAGCCGCCUCGCAUCGUGAUGUUAGAGCCGAGGAGCGGUCUCUUGCAUGUUUUCGAAGACCAUGCGAACUUCAUGUCGUUUAUGGUCAAGCAUAAAGCAGCGGAAAACUUGGUGGAUCGGGACUUGACCGUGUUCCUUUCCACAUCCCACGGAAGGGUGCGUACGAUCUCGUCAGCCGCGAUUCCAAAGUCAUCUCUGGACGGAAAACGCGUUGAGUUUACAGCCAAGCUGCAUGAAUUAAACGCUUUCCUUUCUCAGCUUCAGUAUCUCCCGGACCCGAACUAUAAUGGUCCUGAUUUGAUGGACAUGCUGGUUACAGACGGCGAGUUUUCUGUGAACACCAGCGUCCAAGUCGAGAUCGAGACAAUGAGCGAUCCAAUCACAAUCGUGUGCCCACCCGCCGUGGACUUGUUUGAGGGCCAGAUGGAAGUUCCGAUUGGCACCAACAUCUCCAUACGUGAUCAUGAGCCUAUCCCUGGCUUUGAUGAUGAAUCCAGCCGAGUGGGAGUCGAGAUUUUUGCAGGGGAUGGUGGCCUUGAUCUGCUCCUGGAAGCAGUGCCUCAUUUGGCUGCGGACCUCCGCGAAGCACUCGAUGAAGUGCGCAACGACACGUACGACGCGCAAGCAGCCGACGACUCCAAUCGCUCGUCACCAGGAGUGCCGGCCCUUGUCUUCAACACCACUCUCGCCGGUUUCCGCGCGGCACUUCGCGCACUGGUCUUCACACCCUUCCCAGAACUGUACCAUGGAGUUGUGCAUUUGGAAGUACGCGUCAUCGCUCUGGAGACGGAAGAAGAGACGCGGUGCGAAAUCGGCUUGAUUGUCCAUCCCGUGAACUCGGCACCAGAGAUUGCAGUGGAUGAGUCCAGACUACUUUCUGCAACGAACGGUGGUCUCGUCAAGCCCCACAAAGACAUCCACCUACAUGGCGUCAUCCGCUUGUCCGACCCGGAUGAGGAGAACUUCUCCGGCGGCUGGUUUGUUCAACGCGUCCACUCUGCUCGCCUGAAGCUGCGUGCGUCCUGUGGAACACUCUCCUUUCUCAUGGCCGGACCACAGGACUACGUCCUUGGUGUGCAGAAUGGCUCCAUUGCUGGCACGGAGGGAAUCACGUUCCACAGCGGAGACGGUGCCCAUGACACGGACAUGGAUGUGACUUCCACGCUGAGAAACCUUAACCUCCAGCUGAGCAGGCUGUUCUAUCACUCUGGAGGAGAUUGUCGUGGUGAGAACAUCACUAUCGCUGUGGAGCUCGACGAUCUGGGCAACUAUGGGGCAUACAAAGAUGAGAUGGGCAACUACGGCCAUCCUCAUCCUAUCGUCGUGACAAACGAGGUUUACUUCCAAGUGUUGGAAUUCUAA